AUGGCUUCGCGAGUUCCCUUCCAGCUCACCGGCCGCUACGCCGAGCUUAACAAGUGGGAAGUUAUCCAGGGUCCCGGUGAUGCUCGGCCGACCGGGUUGCAAAUCAUCGAAGACGAGGGCCUCGUCGGAUCCAUGGGCGACAAGGUCGCCCUCGUCACGGGCGUGUCGUCCGGCAUAGGACCCAAGACUGUGCAAGCCCUGGCGGCGACAGGCGCUACCGUCUUCGGAACGGCCCGGAACCUCGACAAGGCCAGGGAGGCGCUCGGCUCUUCGCUUCUCGAGACCGGUCGCGUGCACCUGCUCUUCAUGGACCAGACGGAUUUGGCGAGCGUGAGGGCGUGCGCGGCCGAGUUCCGGCGGCAGAGCCCCGGCGGCAAGCUCAACAUCCUCGUCAACAACGCGGCGGUCAUGAAGACGCCCGAGGACCGGACCAAGGACGGCUUCGAGCUCCAGUUCGGCACGAACCACCUCUCGCACUUCCUGCUUUUCUACCUACUCAAAGACAUCAUGAUUGCCAGCGCGACGCCCGAGUUCUGCUCGCGUGUCGUCAAUGUGUCGUCGUCUGGCCACCGUUACGGACCGGUCCGUUUCGACAACUUGACGCUGCAGGGCGAGUAUGACGGUUGGGCAGCAUACGGGCAGUCGAAGACAGCCAACAUCUACAUGGCCACCCAGAUCGACCGGCUCUACGGCGCGAGGGGCCUGCACGGGUACAGCCUGGACCCGGGUAGCUUCAUCAACCCGAACCUGCAGAAGUACGCCCAGGAGGAGGUGGAGGCAGCCAAGCGUAGCGAGCGCAUGACGAAGUACUUCUUCAACCUCGAGCAGGGAUGCGCGACGAGCGUGUACGGCGCCGUAUCUAAGGAGCUCGAGGGCCGGGGCGGCUUGUACCUCGAGGGCGCCUCGGUCGCGGGCCCGGUGCCGGCAGACGGCGACCCGGUCGAGUACGGGUACGGCGAGUGGGCGUUCAAUCGCGAGAACGAGGAGCGCUUGUGGGAGAUCAGCAAGAAGAUGGUUGGUGUCGAGUGA